CAGGACUCCUGCAGGUGGUGAAGCAGUGUGUGAGAGUCCCCGUGUUCGUGAUGAUCCGACCUCGCGGCGGAGAUUUUCUCUACUCGGACCGCGGUGAAGUGAUGAAAGCUGCCAUCCGCCUUGCCAAGCUGCACGGGGCCGACGGGCUGGUGUUUGGGGCCCUCACUGAGGAUGGGCGCAUUGAUACAGAGCUCUGCACAGCGUUGCUGGCUGUGUGCCGUCCCCUGCCAGUCACGUUUCACCGAGCCUUCGACAUGGUACAUGAUCCUUUGGUGGCCUUGGAGACCCUGAUUUCUCUGGGAUUUGAGCGGGUGUUGACCAGUGGCUGUGACAGCUCAGCGCUGGAAGGAUUGUCCUUAAUUAAGAGACUUGCAGAACAGGCGAAGGGCAGAAUUGUGGUGGUGCCAGGGGGUGGCAUCACAGAGCGCAAUCUGCAGAGGAUUCUGGAAGGCUCCACUGCUUCUGAGUUUCACUGCUCUGCCCGCUCAGCCCGGGACUCAGGAAUGAAGUUCAGAAAUCCGAAUGUUGCCAUGGGAGCGUCCUUCUCUGCCCCUGAAUACUCCAUAAAGGUGGCAGAUGUGGCCAAAGUGAGGACCCUGAACGCGAUCGCAAAGAACAUUCUGUAGUGGAAGGCACCAUGCUGGGACAAGAGCGCUGAGACUCCAGGGUCUUCCCUGCCACAUGGACAGAUGGGUACUGCUUCCGUCCUCAGGCUGCAGAGGAUGUGAACUAGGCGAUGAAGCCUGACAUCUCUUUCCUUGUUGUCCCCUGAAUGACUAGUCCCUGGCCUGGAAACUUACGUUGGCCAUUUUAAAUAAAAGGACUCGUUCCCAGAUGUUGCGGCAACAAGCUGUUCAGCAGUAUUUGGGAGGAAGGGAGCUGGGCAAGUAGGGGGACUGAACUGUGUAGCACUGCAUGUGAUUGUCAAAUAAACACUGCAGCUGCCCCCCUCUU